ACUCAAAGGCUCGUUAGGUUAAUUAUUGCGCAAAAGGUGAUAUUUUUUGGAAAAUUCAAGAUGGUGGCCUUUUCUCGAGGUCAAAGGUCACCAAAACUUCAGCUGUAGUAGCAGACUUUUUUUUUAAUUUUGAGAAGAAGGCUUGAACAGAAGUUUGUACGAAAACGUGAAAAUCACCAAAUUUAACACCUUGAGGCAAACAAGAAAGAGAAAAUGCAAAAACACUUUGCUGCACAGCAGACCACCAUGACUAUCAUUGGCUCACUUACGCACCAGUGAUCACAUCGGGUUAAUAAUUGACUUAAUUCCCUGCAUUUCAUAAAGUUGUGGGUCUGCUCUUGAUCGAGUCAAACAGGAGUGUAUCAGCAGCCAGCUGUUACCUUUUCAUCUGAAGAGGCAAAAUCUUAAGAUGAGGCCAAGCAGGUUUUUGUUGUUUGCGCUCCUGGCCGGGGCCUUCAUCCCUGCCAUCUGUAACAAAAAGACGCCCCAGCCUCGCUUUGCUCCCAUGGAGGACAUCCCUCUCCUGGCAAACGGCCUUCUGCAGCUGGGCCAGAGAAUGCGAGACUUCGUGCAGAAGACCAAAGGACAGAUAAAUGAUAUCUUCAAGAAGCUAAGUAACUUCGACCGCUCUUUCAGCCAGCUGUCAACGCUGACGAGCAAAAUUGAGGAGGAGGAAGAGGAGCUGAAAAAGAGGAUGGUGGUACUGACCACCCACACUGAGGAGAUCAUGUAUUUGUCAGAGGAGAGCAGCGCCAAGAUGCAGAGUAUUUUGCAGGAGAGGGAUCAACUCCAGAGCAAGGUUGAGAGGCUGGAGGAGAAACUGAGCAUUCAGUCGCUGGGCCUGAUGACGGACAUGCAGGUAGCAGAGAUCAACAGCCUGAGGAGUGUGAUCUACAGCCAGGAAGAGAGUAUCACUGCACUGCUGGAGGCUAUGAAGGAACAAAACGACCAGCUCUUCAAUCAGAGAACGAAGAUCAAGAUUCUGGAGGAUAAGCUUACGAACUACACUUCAGUCCAGAACACCUUAGAAAAGAAGGACGUCUUGAAUUCCAAAGUUCCAACUCCGAUUCCAUAUCUGCCCCCAGGCGCCUCCACUGGGACUAGUAGGAUGGACAAUACCCCAAAGAGACAACUAAGCAACAAGAGGAUUAGGAAAAAGUCAUAAAAUGCAAAACAUUUUUUGCUAAAAGGUUUUUUUUAGGUAUUACUCUAAGUGAGCCUAAACUAUAAAAAAGCAGACACAUCAACAUGAUACGAUAUAUCUUCAGCAUCAUUUUCUCUUUAAGGAGGUAAAGGUAGAAAACAUUGAAUGCUUGACUCACUGAAUUGCUUUUUCACCGGUCUCUGGUGAAGCUGGGAUGGAAGUUCCAUCAGAUGAUUAUUUGUAAAAUGUUUAUUUCAGAGUGUUUUGAUAGUGAGGUUGAUCUUUGGAAAGUUGAGCUUUGUUUGUCUUUGCACGAAAUUCUGUUUUUUCCUUUCAGUUUUAAACAAAAUAAAUGUAGUUGACAUUUGUUUCAAACUGAAACUUUUACCUUUUGAAGAGAGAAUUUCUUCAUUGAAAGCUUCAUUUGAGGUCUAAUAAAAUAAAUCAAAUUUGUUACGUUAAAACAAUAAAAAACAUAAAUAAAACAAGAACACCACAUGCCUUUUAGGUUGCAUGUGAGAUGGUACUUGCCUACAUAUAAUACCAUUCAAUUUAUGCUCUUAUUUUGGAAAAACAUGUCCAUGUUUCAAUAUGUCAUUGUAGUACCUCAUGAGUGCCAUAAAGUACCCCAAAAUGUACCUCUACUAGAGAAUAACUGAGCAAUCAGAUAUUUAAGGCCACAUUUUUUUUUUUUUGUAGAUUUUUCCAUUUUACGUUAUAAGAAAUGCUCACAAAACAUUGACUUACCCACCCAUAGAUUUACUCACAGGCCUGCAUAUAUAUAAAUAUUUAAAAUAAGCCAUAAAAAUUAUUUUGCGAGGUUAUUAAUGAUGACAAACUAAAAUGGAAACCACAUGUAAAAUAUCUGCAAAAACUGGUUCUAGACCACAAAUCUCUCCACACUUUAUAUUGUGCUCUGAUUUUUCCAUAUAUAUUUCCAAUUGCAUAGAUGUUUGAGGGGAUAAUUAUAAAUCAAUCUUACAUUCACGUUCAAUGAGUCAAACAAGAGCAAAAUGAUUCAUUCACAAAGUACCUUGAUCAUAGAAACAACUUCUUCAUACAGUCAAAAGACUUUAGGGUUUGGUAGAAUACUGUACAGCUUAAAUACUAUUCAAAGCAGAAAAACAAUUUACAAUUGAAAACUAUUUUAAAAAGUUAGGGAAAAAAGUACAUUUAUUAAACACAAGGCACACACAAACAAAAAAAAUUGUUUUGUGUGUCCACAUAUGAGGCUAGGCUUUGGAACACAACCAGCUUACACCAAAAACAAAGUCAAACAUAAAGGAAUUUGAGAACAAAUAUAAAAAUAUGACUAUUAAUAGAUAUACAUUUACAAAAUUUAAAUAAAUAAUGAUAUAAAUAUUUAAGGACAAAUUUAAUGUUGGGAAUAUAAUUUGAACUGAACCAAAUGAGUCUUUAUACAUGAAUAAAUUUGUGUCAGAUGUUUCUGGGAGUGUGUUUUAUCCAUAUGAAUUUGGAUAUCUGAAACUGAACGUGUACUCAUUAAAGAAGGAACAGGACUUUAAUUGAUUGUGGGUGCACUGGGUGUAGUAAUACAUUUGGCCCCGGAUCCCCCCCCCCAUUGUCGCUCUUUGGCUUUGAAGGAAAAUGCUGACAGCUUGAUUAAAUAAUAGAUUUGUUGGCUAAGUUUUGUCAUUUAUUUUUACAUUUUUAAACUGAAGUAAUCUUACAUGAGUAAAAAAAAAAUGUGUUUUUUUUUUAACCACUGCUGACAAUACAUAAAAUCAUUGAGAGCUUAACUAUUCCUCCAAAAUGCACACAUCAAAUAACUCUGCAAAAUUAUGGUAAAAAGUUUGAUCGAUUGUGGUUUAUUGUUAGAAUAAGUGUAGAAACCAUAUUCUUGUAUUAUGUAUAGCUGCUGUUCAGAGACAAAGUUCUUGAAAUACAAAUCUGCAGGAGGAUUUUAUUUUGCAUUUUAUUUUGAAAGAAACUUGUAUAUGCUGCAGUCAAAAGUACUUUAUAAUAAGGCAACACUGUUAUAAUUCAGUUAUUGUUUUUUUAUGCUUCUCUCUGCGUAAACAUAAAACCUUUAUUUAACCUCUGCAGAGCUCAGUGAUGAAGUAAAUCAGGUCUAUUUAAGCAGGGUAACAUCAAAACAACCACCUCGGUGUGUGCAGUGAUUCUGAUCACCUCUAGAGGGCAAUGUUGUUCUUCAUCCAGACACCUCACCCUCUUGUUACAUGAUUAAACAAGUUCUGCUUGCAUUGUAAACUCCCAUCAAGCCACAUAUAUUUAUUUUUACGUAAUAAAACUCACAGUCAGCGUUACUAGAGCAGGUUAAAUAUCUUCCAUUGGAAUGGUGCUAAUAGCAUCGAUGAGGGAUAUCAUCUUUUUUUAAACUUUACGGCACAUCUGCAGUCAUAAUCUGUAUCAUAACACUGCAAUAAUCCUCCUCAGACACACCCACCCGCGCACACAUGCGUCUUUGUGACUUGGCCUGCAGUGUUGACAGUGAUCUCCCUGCACAUGUGUGAAGGAGCGUCUUCAGUUACUCCUCCUUCACAUUCGUUGGCAGGGUUAUUUUGAGCCACAGAAGUCCCACAGAAACCUGGUGCCUCCUGGGAAAGAAUAGGAGGAGCUCUUUUUUUUUCCUCGGUUAUUCUCCUCCACUGUCCAAUUCUUCCUCAAGUCAGUGGGGACUUCCUGCCAAAAUAAUGGGUCUCCUGACAACAUUUUAGGUUGGAUUUUGUGUUUUGUUUACUUUGAAACAAUGGAGAACAGUCCUCUGCAGGUGCUGACUGUCGCCACAGCCCCCUACCCCGACCAGAGGCCCAGCAGCAGCGGCCUGAGGAAAAAGGUCUCUGUGUUUCAGUUAAAGAGGAGCUAUCUGCACAACUUCAUCCAGAGCGUCUUCUCCUCCAUCGACCUGCGAGACCGACAGGGUUCAACCAUGGUGGUGGGAGGAGAUGGACGCUUCUUCAACAGAGCUGCCAUUGAGGUCAUUGUACAAAUGGCAGCUGCCAACGGGGUCGGUCGUCUGAUCAUUGGACACCAGGGGAUCAUGUCCACACCCGCUGUUUCCUGUGUGAUCAGGAAGUACAAAGCCAUUGGUGGCAUCAUCCUCACCGCCAGCCACAACCCCGGAGGACCUGAUGGAGACUUUGGCAUAAAGUUUAACACCGCAAACGGAGGCCCUGCCAGUGAGGCUGUCACAAGCAAGAUUUUUCAGAUCAGCAGGACGAUUGAGAAGUUUGCAAUCUGCCCCGGGCUGUACGUGGAUCUGGAAACCCUGGGAAAGCAGGCCUUUGAUCUGGAGAACAAGUUCAAACCCUUCACAGUUGAAAUCGUGGACUCCGUAGAGUCCUAUGCCAACCUGCUGAGGAACAUCUUUGAUUUUGCUGCUCUGAAGGAGCUUCUUUCUGGAGAGAACCCCAUCAGAGUACGGCUAGAUGCCAUGCAUGGAGUAUUAGGUCCGUAUGUGAAGCAAAUAUUGUGUAAGGAGUUGGGUUGUCCCGCCUCGUCUGCCGUUAACUGCGUUCCAAUGGAGGACUUUGGAGGUCAGCACCCCGAUCCCAACCUCACAGAUGCUGCAGAUCUAGUGGACAGCAUGAGAGAUGGGUCGUGUGACUUCGGUGCUGCGUUUGAUGGUGAUGGGGACCGCAACAUGAUACUGGGCAAACACGGCUUCUUCGUCACCCCCUCUGACUCUUUGGCUGUGAUCGCAGACAACAUAUUCAGCAUCCCGUACUUCCAGCAUACAGGAGUGAGGGGGUUUGCUCGCAGUAUGCCCACAAGCACGGCAUUGGACCGGGUGGCCAAAGCAACAAAGAUAGAGAUUUAUGAAACUCCUGCUGGGUGGAAGUUCUUUGGGAACCUCAUGGAUGCAGGCUUGGUGUCUCUGUGUGGAGAGGAAAGUUUUGGCACAGGUGGAGACCAUAUCCGUGAGAAGGACGGCCUUUGGGCAGUGCUGGCAUGGCUGUCUAUUAUUUCCACCAGAAGGCGGAGUGUGGAAGACAUAGUUAAAGACCACUGGCUGAAAUAUGGAAGAAACUACUUCACGAGGUACGACUAUCAGAAUGUCGACAUCGAUGCAGCGUGUGAUAUGAUGGAAGAUCUGGAGAUCAUGAUUACAGACAAGACUUUCGUGAAGCAGAGGUUUGCUGUGGAGGAUAAGAUCUUUCAGGUGGAAAAAGCAGACAUCUUUGAGUACACAGACCCAGUGGACAGCUCCAUCUCCAGGAACCAGGGACUGCGGAUUAUCUUCUCUGAUGGCUCUCGAAUCAUCUACAGACUCAGUGGGACAGGCAGUGAUGGGGCCACAGUUCGGAUCUAUCUUGACAGCUAUGAGAAGGAACUGCUUUUUGAGGACACACAGGUGAUGCAAGCACCCCUCGCAACCAUUGCACUGAAGAUUUCUCAGCUUCAUCUCAGGACGGGUCGAACUGGUCCAUCAAUCAUUACAUGAGUCCGGCUUAUUAUCACUCCAUUGUCGUGUAAAGCUUUUUUUUUUUUUUUUUACGUUUCAUUUAUUUUUGUAUAAACACUGUGGUGAAAUUGUAUGUGUGCAAAUGAACAAGAAAAAGAUUAAAUGUUAAACUCACAAAACAGUGUUCUGUUUUUCUCCCAUAUCGCAGCAAAUUAAGAAGUUGAUUUAAAGGAUGUUUAUCAAUUUCACUGCACUUUUUGCCUUUAAAACUUCAACAUGUACAUUUUUAAACACAUAAAACUAAGAAAAUCCUUUUUUUUAAGAAUACAUUUAGAUGAACUGAAAAAAACACUCUAUUUCCAAUACAAAGAAAGGUCUGUUUCCUCCCACGAAGCCAAUAACCUAUUAGUGGC